UGGUUAUGACUACAUGGCCAUCACUAACCCUAACAUGUCCACACGAACGCAACAAACACUUAUGAAACUCUUCCCCUAUAAAUACAUUCGCUUUCCACAUUCACCAAUGGACUUUUCCAAACUCAACUCUCAAAAAUCUCUAUCCUAAAAUUCCAUUAAAAAAAAAAAACCCAUUUUUCUUCUCGAGAAAUGUUUCCCAAUACCCGUUUUUGGUUCACCAUUUGUUCGUUUCUUGUAACAAUCCUAGCAGUUUUGCCAAGUUCACAAUCAGCAUUCACAAGAAAGCUAGCUUUGGUUCAGCCACCAGCCACCGUGUUAAAGUACCACAAAGGUCAACUUCUGUUUGGCAAUGUAACAGUUAAUCUAAUUUGGUACGGGAAAUUCACACCCACCCAACGUGCCAUAGUGGUGGACUUCAUCCGAUCCCUCAGCCAGAAAACCUACGGCCGGCAGCCGGAACCCACCGUCGCGUCGUGGUGGAGCACCACCCAGAAGUACUCCGGCCGUCCGGUGAUCAUCUCCUUAGGCAAACAAAUUUCGUUGAAUUACACGCUCGGAAAGUCGUUGAACGACGCUAAGCUUGAAGCCUUGGCCUCUAAAUAUAGUCACGUCAAUACCAUUAACUUCAUCUUAACGGCAUCCGACGUGUCGGUCUACGACUUCUGCAUGAACCGGUGCGGGACCCACGGGUGGACCCGUGGGAAAACGGGUAAGUUCCCGUACGCUUGGGUGGGUAAUUCGCUUCCUCAGUGCCCGGAUCAGUGCGCCUGGCCUUUCCACCGUCCCAUCGUCGGCCCGCAAACCCCGCCGUUAGUGGCGCCAAACCGUGACGUUGGUAUCGACGGAAUGAUCAUCAACAUCGCGACGGUUUUGGCCGGGACCGUUACCAACCCGUUUGAUCAAGGUUACUACCAGGGCCCGUCUACCGCUCCAUUAGAGGCCGUCACGGCUUGUACGGGUAUAUUUGGAUCCGGGGCUUUCCCCGGUUAUCCGGGUACCGUUUUGAAAGAUAAGAAAACGGGUGCAAGCUAUAAUGCCCGCGGCGUUAGGAGCCGCGAAUAUCUGCUGCCAGCUAUGUGGGACCCAAAGACAUCAACGUGCAAGCCACUCGUGUGAAAAAUCUCCCAACUUCUGGAAACACAGGAGUGAAAAUAAGAUCGAAAAUUUCAGAUUUUGUUUAUUUCCCAAAAUUGUAAUUUUUUUUCUUUCUAGUUAAUUCUAUGUAUUAAUUUGUGAAUCAUCCCAAAAAAAAAAAAAAAAAAGGGAGAGCGAGAGAAGAAGAAGAAGAAGAAAACUAAAAAGAGGUGUAUUUGUAAUAUUUUGUGCCCAUUGGAGUCUCGAUGGGGGGGAGACUAAUAUUACUUUUUAUCUUAAUUUUCUGUUCGGUGUAAUACUAUUAUGUAACUUGUCAAAUGUCAGAAAUUUCAUGUCCAACUAGCAUUCCUACCAGAUUUUCAAUUUUAAAAAUUUUUUUGUUUCAAAAAAAUAAUUCAAUUUAUCGUACUAUUUUAAUUUAACAAG